AUGAGUCGCAACAAAAUAGCCAUCAGUGCAGGCGAAUGCGUCGAGGUCCACGUUCGAGUCCUCCGCGCCGUGGGGUUUCUUCGCUGUCAUGCGCAUGGGCAUACCGCGUAUCGCUUAUGCGUUCUUGCCUUUACGACGCUAUACUUGGUCCAGGAGUGCGUGUACGCUUACGUUGUACGCGGCGACAUGAACAAGCUGUCGCGUGUCAUGUUCCUACUUUUGUGCCAUGUGACUUCGCUCGCCAAGCAGAUCGUGUUUCACCUGGAAGCCGAUGAAGUUGAUGCCCUGAUUGGGGCGAUAGACGACCCAGCAUUUAAAGUGGAAAGCCCGCAAGCUGCGCGGCUAGUGGAAGCGUGCAAGACGCGCGCGUGGCGUGUGGAGGCAGCCUACGCGGGUUGCGCCGUGGUCACAUGCAUUCUAUGGUUCGCGUUUGCUCUGCUGGACCGCGCUCAUGGGCACCCCGUCGAGUUCCCCUUCUGGUCACCUGUGUCCACGGAACCGGCGUACUUUUUCGGCCCAGUGUUGCUCUACUCGUAUUAUGUGACGACGCUCGUGGGCAUCGCUAACACGACGGCAGACGCGUUCAUGGCAACCGUUCUCUAUUUAUGUCAGACGCAGAUUAAAGUGCUCAGAAUGAAUUUGGAGAGCUUACCGGAAAGGGCGUGGAAGGUGAGCCAAAGCACAGGAAAGAAAUUCGAAGCUACACUCGAUAGGCUCCUUGUCCACAGUCUUCACCAUUAUCGACAUAUUACAUGUGUCGCGGAGUCGUUGCAAAACAUAUUUGGAGGCGCAAUCUUGGUUCAAUUUGGCAUCGGCGGGUGGAUUCUUUGCAUGGCAGCAUACAAGAUAGUCAGCCUAAGUGUACUGAGUAUUGAGUUCGCAUCGAUGACGCUCUUCAUCUUCUGCAUUUUGACGGAGCUGUUCUUGUACUGCUACUUUGGCACAGAACUGUCUGUCGAGAGUUCGUACAUAGCGGAAUCGGUGUACCUGAUGCAGUGGCUAUUCAGCGGGCCUCGAUUCCGGAGGUCGUUGGUGCUGGUAAUGGAAAGGGCCCGUCGCCCCCUACGGCCACGAGCAGCCCGCCUGGUACCUCUCUCUUUGGAGACAUUCCUUAAGAUUCUCAAGUCAUCCUACACUUUCUAUGCUGUACUUCGGCAGACGAAAUAG